GAAUGUGUGCACCUUUAAAUUUCUCAGCUCCUCCCUCUUCUCAGUGACAAGCCCGCAGAGCUUCUUCUUUAAUGCAUCCAGAGGAAAUGACAAACCAGAGGCUCUCUGUGGGUAGGCAUGUCAAAUAUUAACACUGAUCCUGGGCUUUAGCCUCAGCCGUUCAGCCUUAACUCACAUGUGAAUGCGCUAAGUGGACAUCUGCGGUCCAGCUCGUUACUCUGCGGACGACCCGCGGGUGGGGAGGGGGGGCUGGAGUGGACUCGCUGAAUGGACGUCGAUGGACUGGACUGACAUCCACUUCAGUCGGACCGAGCGAGGGAGCGAAAGAGAGCUCUGCAUGUUCAAGUUUCCUGCUCCAAACAGAGCGGCAUCGCGGUGUGCGUGUUGGAUGCGUGUGGAAGUGCGUGUUGGGUGCGCAGCGCCCGCUGGAGCUGGAGCUGGAGCUGGAGCGGCGGCGGUGCUGGAGGUGGAGCGAAGUUUAACGCCGUGAUUUUCUCUUUGUUUGUUUGUUUAUUUUUUCGCUCGAUUCCCUCCGAUUCUGUUGUGUCGCCAUAAUGUCCCGUAAGUGGACAGGUGGGCUAACGUUUCCCCGAUGAAAACGGAUCAUCUGUGCAGAGGCUCAGUGAUCGUGACUGUGAUGAUGAUGUCGAGUAAGAGCGUGGAGUGGCUGCAGGACGAGCUGGAGUCCGGGGCCGGCGCGCUGCUGCUGCUGGACUGCAGACCCCAUGAGCUGUACGAGUCGUCGCACAUCGAGUCUGCCAUCAACCUGGCCAUCCCGGGCCUCAUGCUGCGGAGGCUGAAGAAGGGAAACCUCCCCAUCCGCUCCAUCAUCCCCAACAACGAGGACAAGGAGAAAUUUGUCAAGCGGUGCAAGACGGACGUGGUUCUCCUGUACGACGAGGCGACGUCGGAGCGACACGAGUCCGGGCUGGGGAGCUCCGUGAUGGGGCUGCUGCUGCAGAAGCUGCGGGACGACGGCUGCAAGGCUUUCUAUCUGGAGGGAGGAUUCAACAAAUUCCAGUCCGAGUAUCCAGAACAUUGUGAGACCAAUCUGGACUGCUCGUGCCCCAGCAGCUCCCCGCCGACCUCGGUCCUGGGCCUGGGCGGACUCCGCAUCAGCUCUGACUGUUCGGACGGAGAGUCCGACCGAGAGCCGAGCAGCGCCACGGAGUCGGAGGGCAGCCCGCUCCCCAACAACCAGCCCGCCUUCCCCGUCCAGAUCCUGCCAUACCUUUACCUGGGCUGUGCCAAAGAUUCUGCAAACCUGGAUGUGCUUAGCAAGUACAACAUCAAGUACAUCCUCAACGUCACGCCCAACCUGCCCAACAUGUUUGAGCACGAGGGAGACUUCAAGUACAAACAGAUCCCUAUCUCUGAUCACUGGAGCCAGAACCUCUCGCAGUUUUUCCCUGAGGCCAUUUCAUUUAUUGACGAGGCUCGUUCCAAAAAGUGCGGCAUCCUGGUCCACUGCUUGGCCGGGAUCAGCCGUUCAGUCACUGUCACCGUGGCCUACCUGAUGCAGAAGCUCAACCUGUCGCUCAACGACGCCUACGACUUUGUCAAGCGGAAAAAGUCCAACAUUUCCCCCAACUUCAACUUCAUGGGCCAGCUCCUGGACUUUGAGCGGACGCUGGGCCUCAACAGCCCCUGCGACAACCGCGCCACUUCCCCGCAGCACGACCAGCUCUUCUUCACCACCCCGACCAAUCACAACGUGUUUCAGCUGGACACACUGGAGUCCACUUGAGAGUUUGACUUGAGACUGUCUCAACCCCCUCUCUUUUUUUAAGAGGUAGGAGGUAACGAGCGGCUGCAGUGGGAGGAAAGCAGCCGGUUUUAUUGAAAGUUUUCGCCUCCUGAGGCUCCUGCUCCGAGAGCCUGGCCACAGAGCUGCUCUGGAGCGACCGGAGGGGUCACUGAAGCCAAGUUUAAGAAGAUGUGAGAGGAGUUUCUUUAACCCAGAGCAGUGGACUGUGGGUUUACAUCUGAGCUGUCAAGGCUCGACUAAGUUGACUGAACGACCGCAGCAGAACUGACAGCUUAAUACAAAGAAAGGAAAAUGGAGGAUCCACAGAGACGACGGCAUUGGCACUGUCAUGCUGAGCUUGUUGUCGUCUUGUGGAGAAUCUGGGAUUUACUUUCUCUACUAAAUGUAGAGUUUUUUUAAAACCAAGGAAUUUAACACACACACACACUUAAAAAAGUAUGUAAGUUUGUACUGUAUGUAACGUACAACGCAGAACAUGUAUGAGAAGUCCUUAACAAAUUCAAUAUGUCUAUAUGCAUUUUUGUAUAUUUUUAUGUACAUUUACGCACAGAUCUGUAUGUUUAUAUAAUGAUAUACUCUUUAUCUUUGUCCAAAAACAAAGUGAUUCAAUCUGAAAAUGGCUUAAGAGAUUGUAAAACUAAAGAAAGGGAAGAGUUGUUGGAGUUUGUUUUUUUUUUCCCCCCCAGACUCGUUUUUAAUUUUUUGUGACACAAUGCAGUUUGCACAGUGGUGUAGCCGACAUAGAUGUGCUGGCACUUGAUAAAGAGACAUUCAGAGAAGAGGAAGAGCAGACAGAGGAGAGGCCAGACCCAGGCUGCGACUAGUCCGGACAGCUGCGCAGUGCAGUGGGGAGGGAACGGGGACCUGGAGUCCCGGACUGAGGUCGGGGGUCUGGAUGAAGGUUGGAAGUUGGCUUCCCUCCCCAUAGCACUGCUCGCUCAGCUGCCGGUGAGGAGCCACGGGGUUGUGUCCACCAGCUUAGUCGUUUCAGCGAGAAACCAAACUCUUUUGAACUUAUUUCCGUUAUUGCAUCACAAGCUUGUUUUGCCAAAACUGGUCUCUGCCCGCUCAGACUCUCAUGUUUUUCUUUGUGGAAACUUCCCUGAGAGCAAAAGGAGGAAGUGAUUAACGGUUCAGAGCAACUUUUUUGGGCACCUUAUCUGAGCGGUCUCGCUUUUGCCAAAAAGGACACCAGGAAAAGGGACAGCAGGGGCGUAAUCUGGUGUUUGUGUUGUGGACUGGGACCGGCCUCAGAGACAGACUGCACUGACUGUCCCUUCACUGCAUUAAGGGACAGCAAAGGAGAAGGCUCUUAGUAAGAAUCACCCAUUUCAUUUAAGAUAGUUUUAAGCCUUGGCUGUAUCACCAGAGAGAUAUAUUAAUAGUGAAAAGGGAAUUCAAAGGGAAGCCAAAUAAUCAGAGCUAAAACAAGGCAGUCGUCAGAUUUUAAAAGCUAAAAGUAGACAGGAAAUGUUUGAUUGACUAAUACUUCCUUUAUUUCUGGAGAUGCACCAAUCAAGUUUUUCUGACUUCUUCUCAAACUUUAGUGCCAAUUGUGACCAAUGAAGAUUUUCUUUCUUUCUUCCUUUCUUUCAGGAAUUGGGAUUAAAAAGAACAUCCAGCUUCUCAUAUAAACUGUAACCAGCUUUCCAGUUCAUCCCCACAGCAUGAUUCUGCCACCACCCGGUUUCACAAAAUGCAAACAUUUACAUACCAAAUAAGAUAUGAUUAGAUUAGAUAAGAUUGUAAAAACACAAAAUUAAGUGAUUUUUCCUGAUUAAUUUAUAGUCUAUCUUACAGAUUCUAAGUCUUUUAAAACCACAUGACCAUUUAGAGUUGACAUUUUCAUUUUAGCUGUCUUGUAACUUCAAAGCUUGCAACUGAAUGCAACAUUUAGAAAAUGAUAACAGGCUGUAUUAUGUGGACACAUUUAAAAAACAAUAGUCUAUUGGGCAUAAUUCUUCAGUUUUUUCUUUUACUCUUUCCUUUCUUUCAUCUGGGCUUUUAUAUUCCUUUGCGGAAAAUGAAUCACUACCAAAAAUGAGGUUUCAAAUUGCUGAGCAGAGCCAUUCAAAGGAAAAUUUACCCUCUUCAACUCUGGCCUGACCAAUUGGUGCAUCUCUUUUCAUUUAGCUGAUGAUUUAAAGCAAUUUUUCAAAAAAUAUAGUACAGGAUGUUUAAAUCCAAAGUGAUUCUCUCGUAAAUCAGGAACAUUUUUCCAUGAAGCCCAGCGUCUAUCAGUAACUGAUUGUUAAAGAGCAGAUGUGGACGGGGUCUAAACAGAAACAAAGCUCCUGGGUCUCUGUGGGAAGCAGCAUUUGGAUCGCCUCGUUGGUUUAAAGCUGGCCUUAUAUAACCUUUCUAACGCUGACUGUUCAAUACUCUUGUAAUCGCACUUAUUAAAAAAUAUUUCUCUGUUUUUUUUUGUUUUUUUUAAAUAGGAAUACGGUAAUAGCAGAGAGGCACGCUGCCUUCUUACCGUAACGGGUCACACGAGGUCCUCUUUGUUACUCUGCAGUAUAUCAGAACACCUUGUUUUGCAGAAUUUUGUACAUCUAAGACCUCAACGUUUUUAAAUUCCUCUCCUUUUGUAUGAUAUCUGCUCUGUGUAACUGUUCAGGAUCCUUCGGGGUCAUGAGCUUUUGGACUGAAGCACCAUUUCACCUGGUGCAAAUGUGUCCAUCAUCAGAGGCCAUUGCAAACACACACACACACCCCUCCACACGCCUACACACCCAAAGCUUUACACAGCCAGAGCUGUGCUUCAGCAUGCCAGUAUUUGUCUCAACACCCAGCUUAAAUAAUUACAAAUGUUUUCUUUUUCCUCAUAUUUUGAUAUAAUAUGCUAUUCCUGUGGCCUUUCAAUAUUAAUAUACUGUAUAAUCUCAGUAUAUGUAUACAUUUUGAAUUUAUAUGCAAAGUUGAUCUCAUAUUACGAAAACAAUACGAUCGAGGUUCCUUGUUUGGAUUCGUAUCCCAUUUACAAUAAAACGGUGAGCAGCGAGAACUUGAUCAUUUGCACCGGAGGACAGGAAUAUUUCAAGGCGCAGCUUUUCUAUUUAAAGAGAACACGGUUUAUUUUGAGCUGCUUUCUUCUGAAUAGUGUUUUUUUGUUGUAUGGUUUUUUGUGUGUGUGUGUGUGUUGGUGUCUUUCUAACAUCAAAAGAGAAAUAGAGUCAUUUUCUCUGUUUGUAAAUUUCCCAGAUCACGGGAACGGACGUUUCCGUGUCCUUAAACUUGUAGCUACAGUACAUGCGCUUGAGAGAGGAAGGUUGUGUAAAAAAUCGAGAGCAGAUAGAGGAGCGGGAGGAGGCGGUGCCACGAUAAAACAAAAUGAAAGGGGGAGUGAAUGACUUGAUAAAUGUUACCUCAGUGAGGAAUUCUUCAGGGAUAUUGUUUUUUUUUUUUUGUUUUCUUUUCUUUUUUGACAAUGCAUCUUGCAUCGUGUUACAGCUUAAAAGUCACGUUGAAUAGCUGUUUUAUUUUGUGCUGUAAGCGUUUUUUUAAAAUAAUGAUAAAAAAAAAGAUGCAAUCUGUCUCUGUAUAAAAAGGACGGGCAUGUUAACCAGGGCAGUGUCACCUUUCUGUCUACUGAGAGAAAAGUGAUUGACCUUACGUAUUGUACAGUGUAUGGAAGCAACUCAAGACAUGUUUAUACAGCAAAUAAAUCUUGAAAUAUUUUUUUCUUUAA